CAAAAAUAUAAAACUGCAGUGAAUAUAAAGGGAAUUACUGGCGAGAGAGCUGUAGAGCAGCUUACCACUGAACCCAUUACUUUUCCAAGAUCAGAAAAAUAUUACAGUAACAGGCACCACUCCACAUUCAGAUAAGAAUUAAAGCUUUGACAUUGUAAACCACAGACGAAUUGAAGCCUGGCAUUGAAAAGAGGUGUUCUGCAGCGAUUUUUUUUUUUCUUGGCCAAAGAAGUUGACUUGUGCAAGGGGGAAUCUGAAAAAUGACAGGGGCAAAGAGGAAAAAGAAAAGUGUGCUCUGGAGCAAGAUGUAUACCCUGCAUUGGGAAGACAUCAAACAGUGGUGCAAAAGGCGGCUACCUAUCUUGGAAUGGGCACCGCAUUACAAUCUGAAAGAAAACCUGCUUCCAGACACGGUAUCUGGGAUAAUGUUGGCAGUUCAACAGGUGACACAAGGGCUGGCUUUUGCUAUUCUUUCAUCUGUGCACCCUGUUUUUGGUUUAUAUGGGUCUCUGUUUCCUGCCAUCAUUUAUGCCAUAUUUGGAAUGGGACGUCAUGUUGCCACAGGCACCUUUGCCUUGACAUCUUUAAUAUCAGCCAACGCUGUGGAACGGCUGGUCCCUCAAAGCAGCCAGAACUUCACCAUGUACAGUAAUUCAAGUCUGCUGGGUUUGUCUGAAUUCGAAGCACAAAGGAUCGGCGUUGCUGUGGCAGUCUCCUUCUUGGGAGGGGUGAUUCAGGUGGCCAUGUUUGUGCUACAACUGGGCAGUGCCACGUUCCUGCUUACAGAGCCUGUGAUCAGCGCAAUGACAACUGGGGCUGCCACCCAUGUGGUGACUUCGCAAGUCAAAUAUCUCUUGGGAAUAAAAAUACCAUAUAUAUCUGGACCUCUUGGAUUUUUUUACAUUUAUGCAUAUGUCUUUGAAAACAUCAAGUCUGUCCAACUGGAAGCACUGCUCUUAUCCUUGCUGAGCAUUGUGGUUCUUGUUCUUGUUAAAGAGCUCAAUGAACAGUUUAAAAGGAAAAUUAAAGUUGUUCUCCCUGUCGAUUUAGUUUUGAUUAUUGCAGCAUCAUUUGCUUGUUAUUGUACCAAUAUGGAACAUACAUAUGGAUUAGAAGUGGUUGGUCAUAUUCCAAAAGGAAUCCCUCCACCACGAGCUCCUCCGAUGAACAUCUUCUCUGCAGUAGUCACUGAAGCUUUUGGAGUUGCUCUUGUAGGCUAUGUGGCCUCACUGGCUCUUGCUCAAGGAUCUGCCAAAAAAUUCAAAUAUUCAGUGGAUGAUAACCAGGAAUUUUUGGCCCAUGGCCUCAGCAACGUGAUUCCUUCAUUUUUCUUCUGUAUCCCAAGUGCGGCUGCCAUGGGAAGGACUGCUGGCCUGUACAGCACGGGAGCAAAGACACAGGUGGCUUGUCUAAUAUCUUGCAUUUUCAUCCUUAUAGUCAUCUAUGCAAUAGGACCUUUGCUGUACUGGCUGCCCAUGUGUGUUCUUGCAAGCAUUAUUGUUGUGGGACUCAAGGGAAUGCUAAUACAGUUCCGAGAUUUAAAAAAAUAUUGGAAUGUGGAUAAAAUCGAUUGGGAGACCACGCCUCUGAUGAAAAUCAUCUCAAUAAAUAAUCCACUUGUUUUCCUUAAUGUGAAGAAAUUUCAUACUGAUUUAAAGAACAUAAUCCAAAGGGAAAAUGCCAGCAACCAUCCACUUGAUGAUAUCAGCAAGUGUGAACAAAACAUGUUACUCAAUUCUCUAUCCAAUGGUAGCUACAAUGAAGAGGCUUCACAGCCCUGUCUUACUGAGAAGUGGUCUUUAGUCCUGGAUUGCGGUGGGUUGACCUUUUUUGACUCUUCUGGAGUCUCCAUGCUUGUUGAGGUUUAUAUGGACUGUAAGGAUAUGAAUGUGGAUGUAUCAUUAGCCAAUUGCACAGAUUCCCUGAUAAAAGCAAUGAAGUACUAUGGAAAUCUAGACUCAGAGAGACCAAUUUUUUUUGAAUCAGUAUCUGCUGCAAUAAGUAAUAUCUAUUCAAAUAAGAGCUCGAACAAACUCUGUGACCACAGUGAAGUCUGAGAUCCUUUUGAGGCAGUACAGAUCUUGUCUUUAGCAACUACCCUGAAGAGGCCACAUACUGGCACUUUGGAUGACAUUUUUAUUGUUAGAUCCUACACAUAUUACCUCUACUAUAAGUAUGGUGAGAUUUAGUAAAUGUAUAGUCACUGGUCAAGAUUUAUCAAUAAUUUUUAAUAUCUUUGCUAGUAAGCAAAUUUACUUAGUUAUUUUAUAUAAGAAUUAGUAUGCAUUUAGUUUUAAUGUACUGAAGGGUAAACAUGAUUUUACCACAGUAGUUUCUAUUGUUUUAUUCCUAUUUUGCUAUAAGUUAAUUUUUUAAAUAGAGAAAUACUUUUGUCAUAAGAGAUUUGAGAUAUUUACGAGCCAUUUGUAAAACUCCAGGAUCAUCUACAACAAGAAAACAAUACAUAAAAUAGGCCUAGCAAAUGUACCAAUUUCCUCUUCUCCCAAAAGCCAUUUAAACAUCAAUAUGACUAAAUACUACUUUAUACAAUGGGAUAUGGAAUUCAUAGAAACAAACCAAAUAGAAAUGCAUGACAAACUGGAAGUCACUGGUCCUUAUACCCUUCAAUACAUUCAUUCCUGAGAUUUUCAUGUCCUAAAUAAGAAUGUUUUCAUGUUCAGGAAAAUUGGUAUCCCAAGAACUAAGAUACUGACAUUGGUCUGUUUUGCUAAGAAUAUUGGAAUUGCUUGGGCUCUUCAGACCAGAUAGCUCUAAUUUUUACAUUCCCACUCCAUAAAAGGCUCUGCCUUCUGCUUAAGUUUUGUUGGAGCUAGAGUUUGGAAAUUGCAUAUUUUAUCUUUUUCACAAAUAUGAUUUUUAGAUAAGAAAGUACCACUGGUAGGCUAGCUUUAUGCUAUUUCAGGACAAGAUUAACUUCAGUAGUUUUGAACUUAUUUCAGAGAUACUAUCAAUAAAAUACAUUUAUCUAUCCAUAUCUGGAUAAAGUUUCCAUAGUUUGUUUGCUUUUUCUUUUGUUGGAGAGCAUGGAUGUGAUGAUCUUUAAGGCUACCAAACCAUUUAAAAAUGAACGCUAUAGGCCAGGCUAAACUAUAGAAUUUAUUCUUUCAUGCUUGUGCUCAUAUAUUUCAUGGUGUAUCAUUACAUAAUUUCACAUUUUUAUAUAUCAAAUUGAUUUACAUAGGAAGAAUGCUCACCUUCAAAAUCACACGUAGAUGCAUAAUUAUACUUAAGACUUAAAAGUAUCUUAACCCUUUUGAGAAUUACCAGUGUGAGAAAAAUCCAAGUACUUUAAAGCAAGUUUGAAAAAUAAGUUGAAAGUAAAUUAAGAGAUUGGUCAUUUAGGUGGUUCCAUGAAUCUCUUUAAGAGUAAAUUAUAGCUCCUGCCAACUGAUGCGUUGUAAUGAUCCCUAGCAAAUGUGUGGCAAACAUUCAUAUAGCCUUUAAUUUCAGGAUUAAAUCCUAAGUAGGAAAAUGUAAUAAAAUGAAAGAAGAAUAAGAGUUUCAAUUCUUAGUUUCUCCAGCCAUUUAAAAUUUUAUAGAAAUGAACUGCAAAGAAUAGUCUCAGUCCCUCCAAAUACCUCUACCCCUCAAUAAGUGAGGUUAGCUCACAUUCCCAACACUGUCCCAGGGAGAAAGACAGGUAACAAUUAGCAGGAAAAUUUCCUUGGAGAAAUGAAUUUUACCCUGGUUUGUAGAGUCAAAUUAUUCCAGUGGUAGAUGGUGAUUCAUUAUCCUUAAUACAUUAACACGAGUCAAGGAAAGCAAGAAAAGAAAAUAUAUUGUGCUAAGUGUAAACUGAUAUUUUCCUAUGCAACUAUGGCUUGUAAUUGAAGUCAUGCACUGCAAGCAUUUUCCAAUUAGUUAGAGAGUAUGGACUAUGGAUGGCAUUAAAAUCAUGAUAGUUAAUCAAUGGAUGGUUUGUUCUAUUUCAUCGUUAAUGCUGAUACAGUAUUGUCUGAGAAGCAUUUCAGUGUUUAUAGUAGAAAUUUAGUGGACAAAACUUCAAAGCCAAUAACUUGGGUCAAAUGUUAAUGUUAAAUUCAGGAAAAAGGAAGAUCAAAUCUUAUAAUAUAUAAAGUUCUUUUUCCCAUGGCUUCUCCCUUGGACCAAAGUCACAGUGAUUGUUGACCUGAAGAAAACUCUUCAAUUCAGUUCUAAGAGUUCAAAAGCAAAAUAUGAGUUUUGGAUGCACAAGAUUGUAAAAUACAAAUGUUUAUUUCAAAGUAGGAGCUCACAACACAAAAACUAUUAAGAUGGUCCUAAUGCUAAAAUGUUUCUAGAAUGACACUAAAUUAUUUUCAUAGGAUCAUCUUAUUUUUGUAUGAUAACGUACUUCUGUAUUACUUUUUAUGGUAAAAUAAAAUUGGAAAAAAUUAAAACUGACCUAUAAACAUUUCAAGGGCCUACUGUAGUGACGUAUAUAGAUUAAGUCUAGAAUAUGUAACCAGGAAUAGACUAUUAACAUUGCAUUUAUGCAAAUUAAAUGCUCUUAAAUUUUCCAUUUGUCUUUCACUUUAAAGGUUAUUUGCCCCCAAUUAUAUAAUUCAAGUGUUAUAAGGUUUAGCUUAAACCACUUUGCAGUAAUUUAUUUGACAGAUCUCUCCUCUAUAAAUGCAUACUGUAAUGAGGAAAGAGAUCUUUCUUUUUAAAUGAAAACAUUAAUGAGUUAAUACCCUGUUUUAAUAAUGUUUGACAUGGAGUAGUUACCAAAAUUUGUUGGUAUGUUGUUGAACAUACAUAUGCCUAGAAAUGUACAUUUUGUAUUCUGUGGGAUGAUGAUCUAAUUCAAUAUAGGAUAUGCUUUUGGGAGUAACUUUGUUGCCAGAUUUCAAAUAGGGAGGUAAGUGGUGCUUUCACAAUCCAAAGAUUUUUAGUUAAAAAUCAUGUAGUUUAAUACGCUGCACUUAUUUUUUAUAUUUUUCAAUGCAUUUAAUUGUCUUUUUAUAAUUCUUUGUACUAACUCAGCAUGUUGCAACCAAUUUACAUGGAAAUAAAUUGAAAUAUGAUAACUAUUAUGCUUAA